AUGGAGAACAUGAUGCAGGGCAAUAAGAUCAGACGAGUUGCAGCUACUCGCAUGAAUGAGAGGUCAUCUCGAUCACACACGAUUUUCCGGAUUAUUCUGGAGUCGAAAGAUGCCAAUCAGAAAGAUGGACCUGACUUAGCUGGUUCUGAGAGAGUUUCUCUGACGAAAGCUGCUGGUGAGCGUCUUAAAGAGGGGGCUAACAUAAACAAAUCUUUGUCAGUAUUAGGAAAUGUGAUAAGGCAACUAAGCGAGGGGAAGGAGUUUAUCAGUUAUCGCGAUUCGAAAUUGACUAGACUGCUCUCACAGGCUCUUGGCGCAGGAAUGUACAAAUUCAGAUGUAUAUGGAUCUGUAGUAAAACCUUUAGUCGAUUCCUUCAUGGAAGGUUUCAAUGCCACAAUAUUUGCAUAUGGCCAAACAUCUUCUGGCAAAACACACACACCAUUUUGGGCAAUAAAACAGAUCCUGGGCUUUUCCAAUUAGUAUCCAAUCAGUUAUUCCAGCAUGUGGCAGACCAGGUUGAUAAGAGGUACUUGAUUAGAUGCAGUUAUAUUGAAAUCUACAAUGAAAAGAUCAAUGACCUCCUGGAUAAGAGCAAUCAGGGUUUAACUAUGAGAAGAUAUCAAAGGAAAUGUGCUGCUUGA